GAAAGAGGGCACUGUAAUUUUUCCUUGCUUUGCUUGGCAACCUUCCCUGCCCUGGCCCAUCUCGCUGCCGAGCGCCCCGACGGUCUUCCUCCUCGAGCAAGCGCCGCCACCGCUGCCGAGCGCCCCAGCCCCCUCGCUGCGUCGCUCGUCUUCCUCCUCGUGCGAGCGCCUCCACCGCAGAUAUCUAUCUUCCCUGCAAUUCUCUCGUUCCCGACCGUUUCUCCUCCCAUCACCCCACGAACAGAUCCCGCCCUUUAGCUUCCCGUUGCAUCUCCUUAAUCUUCCCCAAUUCGUAACUGAGGCAAAAAUCAAGGUAGGGCGGCCGCCCUACCUUGCCCUACCGGGUCCUCCGCCCUUGCUCUUGCCACCGCCGCCAUGUCGGCGGCCGAAGCCCCUAUCUCCAGGGUAUACCGUUCGCGUUCGCGCUCGGCCUCGGCCAUCGUCGCGGGCACGGUCACCGGGCACCACCUGCUCAACAUCGAAGGCUACUCGCAUACCAAGGAGCUCCCCACCGGCCAAUAUAUCAAGUCUCGCCCUUUUAUGGUGGGGGGUCGUCUCUGGCGCAUCAAAUACUACCCAAACGGCGACCGCCCCGCCAAGGCUGACUACGUGUCAAUCUACCUCAUCCCCGGCGAGUCUUUCGCGCAACCCGUCAAGGCUCGUGUCAGGUUCGGCCUUGUCGAUCUGGCUAGGAAGCCGGUGCCGUCCCAAACCCUGACAACGGAGUUGCACAGCUUCACCGCGAACGGCUUCGGCUUUGCAGACUUUAUGGAGAGGAAAGAGCUGGAUAUGUCGGAGCAUCUCGUGAACGACUGCUUCACUAUCAGGUGCGACGUCAUCAUUUACAAGGAGGUCCGUACGGAGGACAGGAGUUCUCCGCUGGUCAUGGUGCCGCCGUCUGACCUGCACGUGCAUUUUGGUGACCUCCUCGCCACCAAAGAUGGCGCAGAUGUCACCUUCCAAGUCGCCGGUGAGAUGAUCACAGCACAUAGAUGUGUCCUUGCAGCUCGGUCUCCUGUCUUUAAGGCACAAUUUUUUGGCUCGAUGAAAGAGGGGGCCAAAUCACACUGCAUACAGAUUGAGGAUAUGAUGCCUGAGGUGUUCAAGAACUUGAUGCAUUUCAUAUACACCGACUCGUUGCCAGAGAUGAAGGAGCAGGAAGAGGCUGUAAUGGUUCAGCAUAUGCUGGAAGCAGCGGACAGGUAUGACAUGCAGAGGCUCAAGCUGAUUUGCGAAGACAAGUUGUGCACGCUCAUAAACGUUAGCACAGCUGCUACUACACUGGCUUUGGCUGAGCAGCACAGCUGCGAUGUGCUUAAGCAAGCCUGUAUGGACUUCCUUAAGUGUCCUGUGGCAUUGGAUGCCGUUAUGGAAACUGAUGGCUUUGACCAUCUGUCCAAAAUCUGCCCUGCUGUAUUGAAGGAGUUAAUGUCCAAAAUUGUUGCUCGUUGAUACUGGAGAAGCAAAAUAGUAAAUGAAUAUGGUGUUUGAUUGCAACCAUAGGAAGACAAAUUAAUGGUCCUGCUAUGAGAUACCUGUAAUAGUCGUUAUAUACUUGAAAGAUGCUAUAUACUGCUGUUUUCUUGUUGUCGUAUCGUUUGCGGAUAACUUUUAAUUAUGAUGCAAGAAACAUGUGUCUUGAGAAGUUUGUUCCUUUAAUCCCCUUAUGGGCUCCACACUGACCUGAAAAUUACAGUCAUUUAUUCUUUCUUUUGUUGCCUGCAGGCAUUACACUCUUGCAGCGGUAAAUUGACAUGAAUUUUACUGUUAGCUAUGUGAACGUGUCUUAGUUCAGUUUCCAUCAGAUCUAUAGUUGUCAUAAGUCAAAACAAAUAAGUUAUUGAAUUUGAAAGAUUUUGCUUUGUUUAGUAAUUGCCGAAUAUGUCCAUAGCAGAUUGAGAAUCUCAUUGGUGCAUGCAUUUGGAAGUGAUGAUUAUCUACGUGGAUUUGCUCUGGAAUUUUUGCACCUGUUUAUGUCAAUUUAUGAUUGUCCUCUGGCUAACUAUUGCCUAGCAGUUCACUUUAUGAGUUCUUCAACAGUUUGUUACUUGUUCUUGUUAUUUUCUACUCCCUCCGAUCCAUAAUAAGUGUCGCAGAUUUAGUGCAGCUUUGUACUAAGUCAGUGAGUAUGAGUUAUGGAUCGGAGGGAGUAUGAGUUAAGGUUGUUUCACAUGGAAAGAUUGAAUAUGUCAACUAGGCUUGUACCAGCUUGGGAGAUUCAUAACAGUCAUUCAGGCAAUUUUGUCAGACUGUGAUAGAAUUCUGAGUUUCAAAUUGAUUUCCUUGCCUUAUUGCUUGAUAGUACAAAUACUAACUGCGCGUUUUUUUAGUAAUAUGGUGUUGCUUCAAAAAGCAGUUGAGUACAUUUGUUUUUCUAACUAUGUUAAAAUGCGAGGCAGAUGUUUAUUCUACCUAAAAUUUUGUCGUCAUGAUCUCAUAAGAUGAAACUGUUUACAUUGCUCUCUCAUUUACAGGAGGUGAUAGUUUUUUUUUAAUGAUGGUUGGUUGGAUUGAAAUAUAUGGAAUGUGGGGGGUUAAUUGGGUAUUUUCAAAUGGGAUGUGGGGGUUAAUUGGGUAUACUCAGCCCGCAGCAGACGACAAAAAUGCAAGAAAACAGAACGGGUGAGGCGAGGAGCGGGGCCAGGGCCAGCAUGGCAUGAGGCUUCCCUCGGCCUCCGACGAUGAGUACGACGGCGCAGGGUGUAGCAUGCACAAGGUCUUGGCAGCAUGGUGGUAGCGGCAUGGGGCCACGACCCAUGGGGGCGCAGCUUCACUGUAUUUCUUUGCCACGUCAGCAGGAUACGUUCGCACAUUUGGCUUGCUUCAGCUGCCCAGGGACAAUCAGGCAACCAUGGCGACAGCGUGGUGAAGAUCGGGCAGGGCUCAAGACAAUUGAAGUCUCCACGAACCUGAAGCAAAUGGAUGCACAACAUUGUCAAUUCUGUUCUAGUGAUGACGUGAAAGCUGCAGAUCACUUCCGUCCAGCUCCAGGUUUGGGAUGUCACCUAGAUAAUCUGUUCUUCUCAAUCUUGGUUUGAACAGAUUUAGCAAUUGCUAGUUUCAUCAGCCGAACAAAUUUUUGACUGAAAAAUCAAUCAAUUUAUGACUACCUUGCUGAUGAAGCUACAUGCUCAUCUACAGUUGGCUGGCAUGCAGUUUGGUUGAUGGUGCUCAUGAUAUUUAUUUUCUCUAAUGGAGGCAUAGCAAGUAGCCCCAUGCUAGUUGGAUGAAGCUACUUGUGUAUGUCAACUGCUUGGUGCUCGUGGCUCGCAAAUCAAAGCUCAUGGCGCUUUGAUUUGGGAGAGCUUUUCCUCUGUGAGCUUUGAUUUGUGAGCAGCAAGGUACCAUAUUGGCAAGUUGACAUUAAGCAGAGGAGCACUACUGUCAUGCGCUUAAAAAGGCAUGCUUGGUGUUCCUUAGUUCGUCAAAGACUCUGAUCACCAUCAUUAGAACGGAUGGCUUUGAGCAUUUACCAGGGAGCUUUCCAAGCGUUGUCAAGGAACUCAUGUUCAAAAGCUAUUCCUAGUUGACCUGGGGGCUGGGUUAUAUGAGUUUUCAGGCAUAGGUUUUAAUUGGACACAAAGUUGAUUUUUUUUGUAUCCAGAAAAUUACUGAAGAUUAUUCUAUGUGAAAACAAGAGACGUGUGCAAAUUUGAUGAACAAGUGGUUCAUACACUUAUAAGUUAUAAUUAAGCCUUCCAUCUUCCUCCAUAGAGUUGUGAAUAAUACAGGGGAUUAUUGUGUUGUUUGUCUGAAGAUGCAUCUUCUGAAGAUGACUGGACCAUAUUUAGUUGAGUGAAAAGUAUGCCAGUCUGUCUGAAGAUCAUCCUGUGAUGGCAGCUGGCCAAUUAAUGAGAAAGAUCUGUUUUUUUUCCUUGGGUACAAAUCAAGAUGCAAGGUCAAUCUUCUGUGGCACCUACAUUUGCUCUUCAUCAUUCUGCAAAUUGUGUUUGCCUGGUCCUGCAUUGCAGCUGCUGGUGGCUUGCCUCCUUAUAAGAUACAAAACUUACAGCCGGCUUAUUUAUUCGCCUCCUCGUUGCACCACGGAGGCGAAGGGGCCAAUUUUCAUUUUUUUUUUGGGGUCGUCCAUUAGCGCAGCGGUGGGCUUCCGUCAUUAGUUCUGGGCCAACGUCAGCGCUCUGACGCGUGUUACGCAGAUCGAUGCGCUGGCUCUUUGGAUGGUUCGAGAGUCCGAGCGUUCGCAUAUUGGAGACGAGAACCGCCGUUCUGGUGGCUUCUCAUGGCAUCUAUAUAUAGGGGCAGCUGCCGGCUUGGGUACUGCUCUCUCGGUUCGUGGUUGGUUGGCGCUGCAGAUGUUGAUCUGGCGAGAUCGGCAGCAGCGGAGCGUCGCCCGUCGUCUCUCUUCCUCCACCACGGCAGGCCCGUCGCCCCUCUUCCCUGACCAUGCUCCAUCCCCUCUUCCCCGACCUCGGCGUCCUCUGGCCAUUGGUUUGUGGCGCCCCAUGGGUUGUGGCCACUGAGGUGGUGAUUCUGGCUACGGUUCUUGGUGGCAGCUGCCUCUUUCGGUGGUGAUGCUUCAUGCUUAGUUCUGUGGCCGCCGAGUAGGUACUGCAGUGAUCCUGUGCAGUCAAUGGAUUAGGUGGUGCGUGCGCAUGGCAAAGAAGGCAUGGAUUAAUUGGGUGGUGCGUAGGGCAGAGACCAUGGAAUAGCUAGGUGACAUGUACAUCAAGUUCCCCAAGGAUGAGCCUACCAAGCUGCUCCGCUACAUGAUUCUUGACAAGGUCAGGUCGCUGUUUGCAGCAACUUGCGUGGUUUAGCCUCUUUUUAUGUUUGAGAUUUAAGUUUUUUCUAGUGGCAUUUGAUUUUUGCUGGUUUUGCAGCACAACUUGACGGUUCCCAUGAACCAAUUUGUCCUCAUGGACGACAGGUAUGACUUGAUGUUUCUAUUAACUUGUAUGAAUUGUAUGGAUGCGACAAUCGGGAGAUUAACUUGGUCUUAUGAGUUCAAUCUACGUACGCUUACUGAACAAAGGAAUUGGUGGUCGCUAUAUUUUUGUUUAUACGGGUUGUGAUAUUUCUGUCGGUUCAAUCUGUCUAUGAACAAUGAAUAUUUUUUUUUCUUUUAAUGCCUUAUAAUUCUGUUAUGCAGGUGAGCUACUAAAGAUGAUAUGAGGUUUUCCUUGCUAUUGUGUGCUUGUUUUCCGGUGCUCUUGAAUUUGGCCUAUUAUAGUAUGUUUUUUCUGUCUCUACCAUAUCUAAAAUUCUUGCACCAGUUUUGCUAUGUUUAACUCCUUUCUUUUUAUUGACAGCAUGUUAACUCCUUCUGCACCAAUGUUAUUUCUAGCACCAGCAAACUACCCACUUAGCAGUUUUGCUAUAUAAAUGAAAAUAAGGUCCAAUCUUAUAUUUUAACAUCGAUCUGCAAUUCUGAUAUAUUUAUAGCCUUGUUAAUUUCCACUUUAUUUCUACAAAAUAUCGUGCUUUUUCCAUUGUGAUGAAUACAUAAGAAAGCGCAUGGUCCUUCUAUUAGAAACAUAAUUUUGUUUGAAACAUACUCUUUCUACAAAUCUAGAGCCAAUCGGGCAGGUUUCUUUAAGCUAUCUAUAACUAUAAUUAAGUCCUCUUUAUGCUCAGAUUUAAUGCCUCCUGGAUGGUAAGCCAUGCUGUCCUACAAGCCACAACUGGGUUUUCCACCAGGUCACUGCCGGGUUCAGAUCCUCUAAAGUUGCGGUGAUACUGCACUCAUGCUGUAGCUUUUGAAAUCUGCCAUCCGCUUCCAAUCCAAGGGUUCUCCUCCUUCCUCCAUCAUACACUUCUGUUUUUCUUUAAUUUAAUUUGUACUAGCAUUCAGUACGAAACUUUUUUGGAUGUCCAAGGUUUUCUUUAACAUAGUUCACAAGAGUUGUAUUUCAUUUUAUUUUGGAGAGAUACAUCAUAUGUAUUUGUUAAUCUGUUUAGUCGUUAAAGCAAAGAGAUCAA